CAGCAACAAAAUAAUAGAAUUAUCCUCCCCUCCCUCUCUUCCACUCCUCUCAGCCAUGCCGCGCAAACUCCUCCCUAUGCCACCCUCCGAAUGGCACAUCUACUACGAGAUCUGCAAAGCAGCUUUCCGUCCAGGAAUCAUGUCCGUCAUGUUCCCCCACGGUAUCAGCGCCCAAGACUCCGCGGUUAGCCUUGCGACCAUGAAGCGAGCAGCAGAGAGAUAUCCCGGUCGCAUACAGAUUUACAAAGUCGUCGACACAGAUUUACCCGAUGACGAUCCUUUGCAACAAGUGAUUGGAGUGAGCAAUUGGAGAAUAUAUAACGAGGAGCGGACAGAGGAGGAUUUUCACAGGGAAAAAGAGGAGAGUGAGAGGGAUACGGCGGAGUUGGGUGAUCCACCUGGGGUGAAUUUGGCUGUGGUGCAGGAUUUUCAUGGCGUGGUGCAAGAAUAUAGGAGGAAGCAUUUUGGAGGGAAGCCAUAUGUGCUGUUAUAUGUGCUUGCGACGCGACCAGACCAGGCCCGCAAAGGAGUCGGAGCGUUGUCUAUGGAGUGGGGGUGUAAGAAGGCGGAUGAAUUGGGUCUACCAGCGUAUCUGGAGGGCUCGCCCCAGGGAGUUGGACUGUACAAGAAGUGGGGAUUUGAAGUAGUUGAUGAAUUGCCCUGGGAUGCGACGAAAUAUGGCUACCCAGACCCGUUGAAGCAUUUGUGUAUGAUGCGACAUCCCCAGCAGAAGGAGGAGAAGUGAAUAGCUGCCGAUCGCUGCUUCUAUCUGGGGCAGUCAGUCAGUCAGUCGUUCCAGUGGCCUCUCGUCUGUUUCGGACGAGGCGAAGAGCACCAGAGGACUGAGGCAGUAACUUGGGUGUACUACGUUCCAAGUACACAGAGCCGGCGCCUCUUCGCGUCUGUUUAUCCGCCAAGGAGGAUCCUAGUUCAAGCUCGACUUCAGACGUACAAGGCUCGAAGACGCUACGUACGAUCUCGUCGAAGGACAUGCAUCGACACCGUCCGGGUGGUAGCAUUCAUAGCCACACUGACAAUCAAGGCCAGCAAGGUAUAUGGAUCGAGAUGCUAUAGCAACCGAUGGAAAGUGCCGUCCAAUGGCUUGAUGCUCGCGCUCUAGAGGUGUCGAAGUGGAACAAGUUCGACGUAGAAGGUAGGGAAAGGUACGGUAGGGACAUGCUACCUCCCCCAUACCAUCGCGUCUGCUACACAACCUCCACAGAGGACGUAGGUGGUCCCUCUCUCUUGCCCGAAUGGAGAUACCGCAUUUACAGGCACCAGUGGCAAUCACAUGUGAACAGUCACAUGUCAACGACGGGCAGCAGCAGCAGCCGUUCCGUUGUUUAUACUGGGUGCUAUGACACAACCGCCACAUGUACGGGAGAUGAGCUGGUGAGUCUCGGUGGGCCUGAAGGUCUGCAGGUUACCUGAUGACCACCACCAAGCACAGCCUGCAGGCCGCAGGUACUGGAAGAUGCCAGGAGGUCAGAGGUACGAGCACAAAGAAGCCAAUGACAGGCGGAGCGGGAGUGUUCGCGUCGAGAGGCCGGUUGGGGUGGCUAUUCAGGAGCAGAUUGGAUUGUCUGUGGCGCCAACGCUGUUUCUGGUCCGGCGAGGAGCGCAACAGCACCACCUGCCCACUUGCCCACAUCGCCAUUUUGUGCCACUCCCGAUCGUCCCUCGCGGUUGCGUCAUUCUGGCCCUCUCAUAAAGCCCACCACAAUUCCAUUCCACUGCCUCUCCUCUCCCACAAACAACACCAUCUUACCCUCCACAACUCACAUCUCAACCCUCAAACCACCAACCACCAACCACAGCACCUCCAUCAACAUGUCUGCACCAAACGCCAACGCACCAAACGAGGGCAUCGUCGGCCAGAUCGCCAACUCUGUCUCCAACGCCGCCAACUACGUUGCCGAGACCGUCCAGGGCAAGACCGCUGAGGCAUCGAAGGAGGCCAACAAGGAGCAGGCCAAGGGCAACACACCAAACUCCAGCAUUGGUGACCGUGUCAGCGGAGCCACUGGCGCUAUCAGCGACAAGCUUGACCAGACCAAGCACGAGGGUGCCGCUUCUGCCAACAAGCACUCCAUCUAGAUGCUUCGUUCCUUCGAAACCUAUGAUGGGAUGAGAUACGGCUGCAUUUUCAAUUCCGCAUGCUGAGCUUGCACACCUAGCAUACAUGACUUGCUAUGAGUUGUCAUCCUCGCGCUGAGAGAGAGGAGGAUCGAUCAUGAGUUUACUUUGAGUAACAUGAGAGAGAUAUAGCCAGCAAAAACAACAUUUUUUGAAACUGUCAAACU